AUGGCCCAUGGCUACCACAUUUGGCACUCUCUUAUUAUCAGUGGAAGAUUUGUACGUGCUUCAAAGUACAGACAUGUUUAUGGUCAACCAGCGAAGAAGGAGUUGCAAUACGAAAACUUAAGAAUCACUAGUAAUGCGUGGGAUUCUAAUCUAAUCAAGUGUAAUGGAAAGUACAUUUCUGUCAAUUGGAACUCCUCAGGCGGUGGCGCUUUUGCCGUCAUCCCAGUUAAGGAAGUUGGUAAAAUUCCAGAUCAAGUCCCUUUGUUUAGAGGCCAUACUGCACAAGUUUUAGAUACUGAUUUUAGUCCAUUUAACGAUCAUAUUGUCGCGUCUGGCUCUGACGAUGGAAAAAUCGGUAUCUGGGAGAUUCCUGAAGAUUAUGGUCUACAUGAAUACGUCGAUGAGGAGGGAAAUCCCAAGGACCUGAAACCUGUCAGAAUGCUAUCUGGUCAUUCACGGAAGGUUGGCCAUCUAUUGUUCCAUCCUCUUGCCGAAAACAUUCUUGCUUCAUCUUCCUUAGAUUAUACAGUCAAGAUUUGGGACAUCUCUCAAGAAGAGGUGAAGUUUACUUUAAAGCAUCCAGAUAUGGUUACAUCUAUGUCCUUCAGCUAUGAUGGUAAACAUUUGGUGACAGUCUCCCGCGACAAGAAGUUAAGAGUGUGGGAUGUAAGAGCGGAGAAAAUUGUUAGUGAGGGCCCAGCACAUUCCGGUGCCAAGAACCAGAGAGUGGUAUGGUUAGGUGACACCGAUAAAGUUGCUACUACUGGGUUUUCCAGAUUGAGUGAUCGUCAGAUUGGUGUCUGGGAUGCAUUUAAUCUUGAGAAGGGUAAUUUGGGUGGAUUUUAUAACGUUGAUCAAUCUUCUGGUAUUCUAAUGCCAUUCUAUGAUGAUUCGAAUAGGAUUCUAUACGUUGCUGGAAAAGGUGAUGGUAAUAUUCGUUACUUCGAGUUCCAAAACGAUGAAUUAUAUGAGUUAUCGGAGUACCAGUCCACUGAACCUCAGAGAGGUUUUGCAGUAGCUCCAAAAAGAUCUGUAAAUGUGAAGGAGAAUGAAGUGUUGAAGGCUUAUAAAGCUGUAGGUGAACACGCCGUUGAACCGAUUUCUUUCUAUGUGCCUAGAAAGUCCGAGGUUUUCCAAGAUGACAUUUAUCCUGAUGCUCCUUCUAGUAAACCAGCAUUAUCUGCAGCUGAAUGGGUUGAGGGUAAAUCUGUUGAUGGCCCAAUUUUGUUCAAACUCCAAACUUUAUAUGAUGGAAGCGAACCUGAAUUCACAGAUUCCAAGAAACCAGUCAAAGAAUUAACUUCAGAGUCUAAAGAACAGCCAAAAUCUCCAUCUCAAUCUCCAUCUCAAUCCCCAUCCACAGAAGUAAAGCAUGAAGUGAUAAUUCAACUAACGCCUAGUAAUAAAAGUAAGAAAACAUCACCAAGUCCUGCUUCAUCAUCUAGUUCUGGUAGUCCAGCUAGGAAAGAAAUGCCACCAGCAAAAGACACUGGCAAGAACCAAGUAGACGAACUAUUGAGUAAGGAUGCUUCUGUAAACAAGUUGCUGCAAAAGGCUUCUGACUUAGAUGCUGAUAAUGAGGCUGAAAACCCAAGCGAAGAAAGUUCAGUAUGGGACUCUGAGGAUGAAAAGAUCGUGAAAGCAUCACAACAACCAGAAGUUGUUGUGAAGGUGGAAGCUAACACCGAUUCUGAACCUGACAAGGCUGCUGAAGAGGUUCCACAGCAAAAGGAAGAAAAUUCGUCUACAGAAAUUACCUCGAAGGCCUCAGCUUCUUCUAAAGUCGAAAGUACUCCAGAGGCAAAGGUCGAAGCUUCAUCACAGGCUAGCGUGGAAACAAACAUCCGUGUGAACCCUUCUCAGGAAGACAGCGAAGAAAAGCCAUCUUCCAAUCCGAAUACAGGUGGCGCAGCUGGAGCAGCAGCAGCAGCUGGAGCAGCAGCAGCAGCUGGAGCAUCUACGAACAAGUCUCUCAAUUUGAGACAAUCUGUAGAAACAUUAUCUGGAUUAGUUCUAAAGUUGGAAAGCUAUAUUGAUAAAUUAACCGAGGAAAAUACCCGCAAAGAUGAAAUUCUUGCUGCUUUGGAAGCAAAAGUAGAUCGUCUUUUGGAGCAAGGGAAAUAA